UUAAUUUUAGAAAAAAAAAUAGGAUAAUGAAGGAGAAGCUGAAAGAAUUGCUGAACAAGAUCGUCAAGAAAUUAAAAACCAGAUUGUUCAGUUAAUGAUCACAGUACCUGAUAAACUUCAAUUACAAAUUAGUGAUGCUCUUAGUUUAAUUGCUGCUACUGAUUUUCCCGAAAAAUGGACAACUUUAUUACCUGAAUUAAUAAGUAAAUUGAGUCCUACCGAUUAUAGGGUCAACAAUGGUAUUCUUGGUACAGCACAUUCUAUCUUUAAAAGAUGGAGAUCUGCAUUUAGAAGUGAUGAUUUAUUCCUGGUGAUUAAAUAUGUUUUAGACUUAUUCUGUGAACCUUACUUGCAAUUGUUUCAGAUUACAGACAAAUUAAUUGAAGAAAAUAGCAAUAAUUUACAAGCUCUUCAAGUUUUAGCUCGCUCGUUGAAUCUCCUUAUCAAAAUUUAUUAUGAUCUUAAUUGUCAAGAUCUUCCUGAAUUCUUUGAAGAUCAUUUAGAAGAGUUUAUGGCCUUGUUUAAGAAAUAUCUUGUCUAUCAAAAUCCUUUAUUAGUUACUGAUGAUGAGAUUGAAGAAGGUCCUCUUGAAGAAAUUAAAACAAAUAUUUGUCUUGUUCUCGAAUUGUAUGCCUCUCGUUAUGAAGAUGCUUUCCCUCAAUUAGGUAUCUUUAUUCCUCUUAUUGCUAAUUUACUUACAGAUACUGGCGAUGAAUCUAAAUAUGAUGCGAUGAUUUGUAAAGCAUUUUCAGUUUUAACUGUCGUAGUCAAGAUUGAUAGUCAAGCUCAAAAUUUUGCUGAUCCUGCUACGUUAAGCAUGAUGUGUGAAAGAAUUGCUCUUCCUAAUAUGGUUAUCAGAACUGUGGAUGAAGAGAUGUAUGAGGAUAAUCCAAUUGAAUAUAUUCGUAGAGAUUUAGAAGGAUCCGAUACGGAUACACGUCGUAGAGCUGCUGCUGAUUUUAUUCGUGGAUUAAUGGAACGCUUUGAGGAACAUGUAACAAAAAUCAUGUCAGAAUAUGUGAACCGUUAUUUGCAAAGUUACAACUCAAACCCUAAAACAAACUGGAAGGAUAAGAAUACAGCUAUCUUUUUACUAGUUGCUAUUGCUACUCGUUCUUCUACUAUUCAGAAGGGUGUUACCAAGACAAAUGAACUUGUAGAUGUCAUUGAUUUCUUUACGAAGAAUGUGUUAUGUGAUUUACAAUCUGAUGUAAACACAGAUAUUCCUAUCUUAAAGAUGGACGCCAUUAAAUAUGUUUAUACAUUUAGAAAUCAGUUAACGAAAGAGCAACUCUUAACUGUUUUCCCUUUGCUUGUGAAGCAUCUUGAAUCCUCAGAUUAUGUUGUCUAUACUUAUGCCGCAAUUGCCAUCGAGCGUAUCUUGUUUAUGCGCCAAGGAAAGACGAUGUUGUUUACUGCUGCUGAUAUCAAGCCAUUUUCAGAAACCCUUCUUUCUCAGUUGUUUAGAUUAAUUGAAUUAGGUCAAACACCUGAGAAACUUUCAGAGAAUGACUAUCUAAUGAGAGCCGUAAUGCGUGUUAUUAUCACAAGUAGACAAGAUAUGGUCCCUUUUGUAAAUGUUAUCAUGGGCAAAUUGACCACCAUCUUAGCUAUCGUUAGUAAGAACCCCAGUAAUCCCAAAUUCAAUCAUUAUGUCUUUGAAAGUAUUGGUGCCUUGAUUCGAUUUAUUUGCCCUAUUUCUGAAGCUGCUUUAAGUGAAUUCGAAAAUAUGUGUUUUGGUCCUUUCCAAACCAUUCUUUCUCAAGAAGUUCAAGAGUUUGCUCCUUAUGUAUUCCAAUUAUUAGCACAAUUAUUAGAACAACAUCAGGGACAGGAUUUAACACCUGCUUAUGUUGCUUUAUUAAAUCCUCUUUUGAAUCCUGCAAUUUGGGAACAGGGUAAUAAUCCUGCUCUUGUUCGUUUAUUACAAGCUUAUUUGAAUAAGGGCGUCAAUACUAUCUUGUCUAAUAAUCAAUUAGAACCCAUUCUUGGUAUCUUUCAACAAAAGCUUGUCUAUUCUCGUCAAUAUGAUCAUUAUGGUAUGCUCUUAUUGGAAACUAUUACAUCUCGUGUUCCAGUUAAUGUUAUGGAAAAAUAUCUUCCUGCCUUGCUCUCUGCUGUAUUGAAAAGACUUCAAAGUAAGAAGAGAGGAGAUACAAUUGUAUUUGAUAAAUUUACUCGUAACUUUACCUUAUGGAUGUGUCGUUUCUUCUUACUUGAAGCUUCAGGUGGACCUGAUAUGAUCAUUAAAGUGUAUGAAGCCUUACAGCCUGGACUUUUCGGACAAAUCAUGAAAUUAUUUGUUCUUCCCGAUUUAAGCAAAUUAAGUAAGCCUAUUGAUCGUAGAUUAGGCAGUUUUGGCGUGACAUGCUUAUUGACAAAGUCAGAUGCCAUGUUGCAAUCACCUUAUGUGAAUCAGCUUUGGAGUGAAUCCUUAAUGGCUUUAUUAGCUUUAUUGGAAUUACCAGCCUCUGUGGAUACAGAAGGACCUGAUGAAUUUUAUACACUUGAUAUUGAGGAAGGGGGCUAUCAAACCGCAUUUGCCAAGUUGGCUACAAGUAGUCCAAUCGUAGACGAUCCUACUACUCACUUGCCUCCUUGCCCUGUCUUUUUAGUUCAACAAAUCAUGGCUAUGCCAACUGAAAAACGACACAUUAUUAAGACUUUAGUAACCCAAUCUCCAGAAGCUUCUCAAUGUCUACCUAAAUAUUUCCAAAGCGCAAAUAUUUCUUUGGAUCAAUUGUAAUAACUCUUUUUUUUUUAAGAAAAAAAAAAUAAUAAUAAUACACAAACAGUCUUACAUAAUAUUAGCGAAAUAAAAUAAUUUUCGUAUGUUUAUA